UAAAUCAAAGAUUUCAAAUUAUAGUAUAAAAGGUAUUGAAAUAGUUUCUCACCAAUAAACACAUAUCAGUUUAAUUUUUCUCAAAGCUGCGUAAAAAUGUCUGAAGGGUAUAAUAUGCUAAUGAAUGUCAAUGCCAAGAAGCUUGAAUGGAAAUUUCAGGUGUAUGUUGUUCGUAUAUGGUAAAAUCCAAACAGGUACAACCAAAAGGAAGUUAAUAGCAUAGAGAUGGUACUUCAAGAUAUUAAGGGAGAAAGGAUCCAAGCGUCAAUCAAUAAAGGUUUAUUCAAGAAGUGGAGGGAUUUUUUUGAGGAGUUUAAAAUGUACACUAUGAGUAACUUCAUAGUUGUGGACAAGAUGGAGAAGAUUAAAACAACAAGAAAUCGGUGGACUUUGAACUUUUCCCACAGAACAGUUGUGGUUCGUGUGGAAAAUCCAAGUUUUUCUCUCGAACCCUUCUGCUUGAAGCCUAUCCCAGAGCUCCUUGCUGCCGAAAAGUUUGAUGAUUCUCAACUAUUGGACAUAAUCGGGGAGGUUGUUGGGAAGGAGGACCCAAGGGAUAUAAUCACAAGCAAAGGAAAGGAAACAAAACGUAUGGUGGUUGUGAUAGCAGACCUAGAUAACAACAAUCUUGAUUGUGUGUUAUUUGGUGACAUGGUCGAUCAAAUAGUUCCCCAUCUUGAAGAUGGCAGGGUUGAACCACUGAUAAUGGUGUUGCAGUUCUUUAAACCCAGCCGAUGGAAUGAUAAGGUAUCGGUUCAGAGCCACUUUGAUGUCUCUAAAAUACAUGUUAAUCCUGACAUGAAGGAAGUACAUGAUUUUCGGAAAAGCUUGCUUGGCAGUGUAACCUCUAAUUCGGUCAGGAUUAGUCAAGUAUCCGGUCAUGGUGUGCAAUCUGGUGCUGCAGAACUGAAAAGAGGAGGUGUCGUAGUGAAAUCAAUAGAGGACGCACUCAACUCAAUAGAGGAAGGUCCUAUAUGGAUUGGCGGAACCAUUGUCUCUAUCAAUGCUGGCAACAACGAUUAGUUUUACAAAUCGUGUAGGAAGUGUCCAAAGAAAGUAGAAACCCCAAUUGAAAAUCGAUAUGAAUGUUCCAAGUGUGGUCACACACAUGGCAGUGCAUCCCUUAGGUGUGAGAGAAGACUUAAUUUGGAUGCCUUUAAUAGAUUUCAAAGAAUAAUGUUUUCAAGUUUCAGAUGCAGUUUAAUUAAUAUUAACUUUCUUGCAUAAAUUGUAAAGAAUUGAUCCCAUUUUAUUGGUCUACUGAACUAUUUGGCAAGGGAAUUUAUUAAGAGGAAAUCAUUUUUGACAAUUGGUAUUGCAUAUUUUAUAAUAGGUACAAGGUUGAAGUUAUGUCCUAUGAUGGAACAGGAAGUAUAACUAUGCUAAUGUGGGAUAGAGAAACAACACAGCUUAUAGGGAGGCAAGCUGAACAAAUCAAGGAUGAAGAUUGUUUGGAAGGGGAAUGUUACCCCCCAACUCUUGAUAACAUGAUGGAUAAAAAGUUACUCUUUAAAAUGAAUGUCAAAACAGCCAACAUCAACAAGCAUGACCAGGUUUACACUAUCAUGAAGAUAUGUGACGAUGAAGACAUUGUAGAAAAAAAUUGCCCUAUGGAAUUCAUCAGCAAUUCUUUUGACGUCUUAACUGAGAAUGGGAUCAGCAAUUCAAUGGAUGUUUCAGCAACUGUGGCUAAUCUCAAGUUUGAUAAUAAUUUUCAGUGCUCUGUGGAUGUUGUGGAGGAUUCUGUCACAAGCCUCAAGUGCAAGAUCCCAACUAGGAGAGCUCUCAAUGGGGUAAAACAUUCAGUGUCAUUGAACAUUGACAAUUAAGAAGAUUUCCAACUCUCCACUAACAAGUUAGGCCAAAAGGGUGGCAAGAAGAGGCAAAAGAGGCAGACCAUUGAAUGUGAUAAUUAACCCUAAUCAAUAUUUUAGUAUAGUUGGAAAAUUACACAUGAUGAGUUGUCUUUUGGUUAUAUAAUAUAUCAAGCAGUAUUAAUUUAAGUCUGCUAGCAUUUUGAGUACUAAUGUAUGCCUUAAUGAACAAGUUAUUUGGGUCUUUUAGAAAUAUUGUAAUAUGUGAUAACCGGUAUUGAUUUAUAUAUGCUAGCAUUUUGAGUAC